GUUUAAAAUAAAAGUUAAUUUAUUAAACAUCCCGUGAGUUAUGAUUUUACUGUUGGGAUCAGUGUUGGCACCGAUUUGUCAGACAUACGAGUGGUGUCUCAUUGGACUCAUUGUGGCGGUGAUCGCCUAUUACUACAUUUCGUGGAGGAAUGCCUUCAGCUAUUGGACGGAUCGACACAUUUGUGGCCCAAAACCCAUCCCUAUAUUCGGAAAUGCUUUGAGUUCGGCGCUAACUCCUCAACCCUUUGUGGAGUUGCAGUGGUAUAAGAAAUACGGAAAACUGUUUGGGAAGUUCAAUAUGGGUAAGCCUUGCCUAACAGUGGCCGACCCGGAGCUCAUCAAACAAAUUCUGGUCAAAGAUUUCCAUUCAUUUCGUAACCGACCGAUACGUCCGACGUCUCAUAUAUUGAACGCAAAGAGUAUGUUCAGAGCCUGGGAUGACGUCUGGAAGCGGGUCCGGGCGAUAGCCAGCCCUACCUUUACGUCCGCAAAGUUGAGGGGAAUGUAUGGUCUUAUCAGCCAUUGCUGCGAAGCCUUUCUGAAUACCUUAGAUAAGGAUGUGUCGAACGGUAUGAAUGAAGUCGAGUUGAAGCGAUUGAUGAGCGCCUACACUAUGGAUGUGAUCGCCAGCUGUGCCUUCGCUACCAAAACCAAUACAUACGCCGAUCCUAACAACCCGUUCACCACUAAAGCCAACAAUUUGUUUACUGCUUCCAUUUGGAAAUGGAUGUUAAAAUUGCUUUUGCCUUCAUUUAUAGUAAACACUGAUAUAUACCGCCGAACUUUAAAUGCUUCUGACAGCGACUUCUUCGUAGACAUCUCCAGAAGUCUAGUACAGCAGCGAAAGAAAAACAAUGAAAAACACAACGAUUUUCUGCAGCUAUUAAUGGAUGCCGAGAGACCUGAAGGAAACGUACGAGAGGCCAGUGAUGCCAAUGAAGCACAUCAUGUGAAUGAGGGUAAGGAUGAGAUGGAAGCCAACGCCGAGGCUCUCAGUGAUGUCGUCGAGAAGAAGUUGACUGAAGACGAGAUAUUAGCGCAAUGUUUCCUCUUUUUCGUCGCCGGUUACGAGUCAACCUCCGCUACUCUGUCGUACUGUACGUAUGAGUUGGCACUCAAUCCGGGACUUCAGGACAGACUCUAUGAGGAGACAAAAGAGGCGUUCAAUGAAAAGGGAGAAAUCGAUUACGAAGUGCUGUCGAGACUACCAUUCAUUGACGCACUUCUGUCCGAAACUCUUCGCAAUUAUCCGCCAGUACUUCGACUUCAGAGGGAAGCCAUGGAAGACGUAACUCUGGGCGACACUGGAGUGAAGAUUGAGAAGGGAGUGGCCGUCGAAAUCCCUGUCUAUGCCAUACAUCACGACCCCGACCACUAUCCGGAUCCAUUUACCUUCAGCCCGGAUAGGUUUAUGCCCGAAAACAGGGGUCAUAUCCAAGCCUACACUUACCUGCCUUUCGGAUCGGGUCCACGAAAUUGCAUUGGAAUGCGAUUCGCGUUAUUGGAGUCAAAGCUCGCGUUAGCGAAGAUCUCACAUUCGUUCCGCUUCUCCAGAGUCACCGACACUGACGUCCCCGUAGUCUUCAAUAAGGGGCGGGUCCUCUGUCAAGCAAAACGACUUGUUGUGGGCAUUCAAAAGCGAUAGGCAAAACAUAUUGGAAUUAAUUUGAAAAAUUUUUAUAGAAAUUAAAUCAUUGAUCAAAUUGGUCAAAAUCAGCUCGUUGUGGAACCUAUGUAGCCCUCAAUAGGAUUUAGAUUUUAAUCUAGAUAAAAU